CGAAAUGGCGCCAGUUUUUUUCCUGUGCUUUGUACUUAACGUGCUCCAUGUGGGUUGUAUUCAGAAGCUGCUGCGAGUUUGGGGGUGAGGGGGGGUCAUUGUAGUUUGUUUGAUUUCUUAACGAUUGGACUGUUUUUUGUUGUAAUCUGAAUGGUUUUAGUUAAAGUGGCGGUUUAGAGAUGAAGCAGAAGUCUUGAGAUCGACCAAAGAGACAACAACUUACGCGCCGACUGCAAGAGAGAGAUAGAGAGAGAGAGAUAGUGAGAACGGAUCAGCCUCACUCGAAGGAAGUUUCUGAGAUGGAAGCAGCUCACAUCAGCCCAGAGCUUCCUAUUCGAUGGGUUGUUUCUGCAGACAGGACUGUUGAGAUCAAGGAGGAAGUGACUGAGCUGGGGUGUGACCAGGCCAAUGAGCGGAUCCUGCAGGAGGAAACGCCACCUUCUAGCAUCACUGAGAGAGGUACUGACAUGCAGUUGGUAUCAGAAAUGGCAUUUUCUCACAUUAAAGUGGAGGCCUCUGAACUGGAACCUGUCCUCAUUAAAGAGGAGAGUCCUGUGCUAGAACCAGUCUACAUGAAGAAAGAAGUCUCAGUGUUGGAGCCUGUCCACAUUAAAGAGGAGAGUCCUGUGCUAGAAUCAGCAGAAUGUGAACACCUUUCAGAUCCCAAAGAGAGCCAUGCUAUGCCUAAAUCUGAAGCACAGGAGGGGCCAAGGAUAGAAGCAGUUUACACACAAGAAGAGCCCUUUGACCAGGAGUGGUGUGCAAGUCUAAAGCAGGUUACAGAGCUGACAUGUGUUAAAGAUGAAGAGGUCCCUCGACUGGAAUGUGUUCCUGUUAAAGAGGAAUUCAUAGAACAGGAAUGUGUCCCCAUCGCAGAGGAAGUUCCUACUGAAAAUAAUGUCUGUACACUUGAGGAGAACAACCAGCUGGGAUCCAGCCUGUGUGAUGAUUGUCCACCUGAAUGUGAACUGGGAUUUAGAGCUGCUAAAAGGAACCGCAAUGGAGGGACUCAAUUUCCCUGUGCUGAUUGUGGGAAGAGUUUCAGUUAUGUAUCACAGCUUAAAAGACACCAGCGCGUUCACACAGGAGAGAAACCUUAUGACUGCACUGAGUGUGGGAGGAGUUUCUUACUGUUAAAAAAUCUUAAAAAACACCAGCAUAUUCACACAGGAGAGCAAUUUUAUUUCUGCGCUAAGUGUGGGAUGGGAUUCAAUUAUUUAUCACACCUUAAAAGACACCAGCGCUGUAACACAGGAGAUAAACCACUGAGUGUGGGAGGAGUUUCACGCGAUUAGGAAGUCUUCAAAAACACCAUUGCAUUCACACAGGAGAGAAACCUUAGCACUGUGAUCAAUGUGGGAAGUUUCACAUAUUUAUGUUCCUUGAAAAUCCACCAGCGGACUCAAAAGAGAAAUCGUAUCAAUGUAAUGAAUGUCUGAAGAGAUUCCGUCACUUCCGACACCAUAAAAUUCAUAAGAGGGUGAAGCCCUAUCCCUCCACUGAAUGUGGGAAGAAGUUCAGUCGGAACAAUUGCAGACAGGAGUAAAUUUGACUAAAAUGCAGAAAUAUUUACUAAAAACAAAAGAAUAAACUUGCUUGAUAAAUGGGGUACUCCUAUUCACUCCAGAUCAUAAACUUACACUCAUGGAUGGAAAAUAUGAAAUACAGUCGCCACCGUUUAGAACGGGCGCGUUUGUGUUGACGUGAUUCACCCCCAGUAAGUGAUGGACAGUAUAAACUCCCACACAAUAACCUGACAUUCAAAAUGUCCCCCAAUCACCAGCACAGUAAUCAAAACAAACAUGCGUGUAUGCGGUCAAAAAUCUUUAUUUACACAAAUGAAAAAUAUGUAUUAAAACCUAUGCAUGUAAUAAAGUAUGUGCAAAAAAGUACAGAACAGGCAGGCUGCGUUACUGCAAAUUGUUUCCAGCAAAGAACUCUGUGAUACGCAUCUGGAUGAACAAGUAUGGACAGCAAACUCAGUUUAAAAAAAAAAAAUCCCAGUUCGGCUCUAUAUCCGGAUGGUGCUCCAUAGCACUCCGCAGUGUUACAAGCGCAGCACGCAUACAUCACCUGUGUCUGCUUCAGGGAGAGCGUCCUGGUCGCCAAGGUGACCCAGCUGUGAAUUCUUCCUCUGGCAUCCCCUGUAGUGGUGUCAGAGUUUCGGUUGUAUUUUCGUCAGCACUCCUCAACUACAGAAAAUGGCUUAUUUUUUUUGAAGCAACGUUGCAUUGUUUGCUGACUGACAGAGUUGCAAGCGCACAGCAUUUAACAGACAUUUUAUUUACACUGAAUUUUCAUGCUGAUUCACAUCGCUUUUCUCUUUCCAGUCAUGCUUAUGUUGUAGUCGGUGCUGGUUUUUCAAACUGUAAAUAAACCCAACACUGCGUACAGGGAUUAAAUAGCCAAGGUACAGUAGAGGGGUAAUCACUCAGUAACGCUGUGCAAACAGCUGAUAGAUCGAUCUGUUCAGCUUUUACUACAGUAAAGUGCUGCCUUUUGUAUUGAAAUCUAUUUGAAUGGCAAGGUAACGAGGUGAAAACAGCUGAUUGGUGGAUUAGUAAGAGGGUUUACUACAGUAUAAAGCAUUGCGUUUGUUAGUUAUGUCUGUGUGAAUGGCACAUAACGAGAUCCAAACAGCUGAGUUUGCCCGAAAUAUACGGCAUGCUUAGCGUAGUAUAAACGAUGCCUUUGUUAUUGAAAUCAGUGGAAACGCUAUUUGUCAGAUGUAAACAGCUGCCCGAAAUAACCCUGUACGGUGUAAGUGGUGGGUACUGUACUACAUCUUGUUUGGACCAUUCAUCAUCUUGUAGACCAUUCUGAUUUUGUUAAGUCACCAUCAGUAAUCUAUGAAAUAGAUUGUAAUUGUGUCUGCAAGAUUCCACUUUUGAUACUGGUAACAGGGUCAUGAAGAUUUAAAUUGGGGAAUGUUUUACAUUACUUUGCUGUGCUGACCUGCCAGUCUCA